AUGGUUUCUCCAAAGAAAUAUAGAAGUGGUAAUCGUAGUACCAACAAAAUGGUUUGCCGAGUCUGCCUUGAAGAUCACCCUCUUCGCUUCUGCUCGAAAUUUCGACAAGUAGACUACAACGAGAGGAUGAGGCUUGUCUCCAUAUAUAAGUACUGCGCUGGAUGCUUAAGCCAUGAUCACACCUGGCGUACUUGUCAAAGUACUGGGGCAUGUAAACGCUGUGGAGAUAUGCAUCACACGCUUCUUCAUAAACCAGGGACAAGACCACGUUCGUCUUCCCAUAAUAAAAACAAAAAGGUCAAGCGUUUACAAAGGGGACCUAGUUCGUCUUCUCGCCCAAAGAGUAGUGGACCUAGUUCGUCCCAGAUCUCAACCAGGGGACCUCGUUCGUCCAGUGAUCGAGAGACAGUCAUACAAAUGGUAUCAGGGGACAGAUAUGUGACGGAGCGCGUUUUGAUUGAUCCCGGGGCAGAAUGCUCUAUUAUAUCAGAGGAAGUUGUUCGUCGUUUGGGAACAAAAACAGUUCGAGUGGGAAGCAAAGAGAGGUGCCUGAUUACUUUUCGUGGAAAUCAUGGAAUUAGUGCCACAGUGGAAACUCAUGCUGAAGUCCGGCGCAAACAUUUGGUCAUGGUUCCACGAAAAACGGUCGAUGGGAGGAUAGUAGAAGAGUUUCCUGGACUACAGUUGGCUGAUCCUCAAUUUUAUGUUGCUGCUGAAGUGCAAAUUACGCUGGGUGCUGAUGUUUAUCCCCGGAUAAUAAGAAACGGUGUUGUUGGUGGAUCAUUUGGCAAACCAUUAGCUCAAUUUUCUAUUUUUGGAUAUAUAAUAUCUGGAUCUUGUGCUCCAUAA